GCGACUUCCAACAUGACCAAUCCUCAGCCUCCUAUAGACGGCGGAGUUUCAGAAGUUGAAAUAAUUUCGCAACAAGUGGAAGAAGAGACCAAAAGCAUUGCGCCUGUGCAGCUUGUUAACUUUGCUUACCGGGAUUUGCCACUAGCUGCGCUGGAUCUGUCGGUAGCAGGUUCUCAGCUCUUGUCAAAUUUGGACGAGGAGUACCAAAGAGAAGGAUCUAACUGGCUUAAACCUUGCUGCGGGAGGCGAGCCGCUGUGUGGCAGGUAUUAUUGCUCAGCGCGAGUCUCAACAGCUUCCUGGUAGCCUGUGUAGUGUUGGUGGUGAUUCUGCUGACGCUGGAACUCCUAAUAGAUAUAAAGCUUCUCCAGUUUUCAAGCGCAUCUCAGUUUGCUGGAGUUAUUCACUGGAUCAGUCUAGUUAUCCUCUCUGUAUUCUUUUCAGAGACUAUUUUGAGAAUUGUGGUUCUCGGUAUAUGGGACUACAUUGAAAACAAAAUAGAGGUAUUUGACGGUGCUGUGAUCAUCUUAUCCUUGGCUCCUAUGGUGGCUUCGACGGUGGCGAAUGGCCCAAGCAGCCCGUGGGACGCCAUCAGCCUUAUCAUCACUCUGAGAAUUUGGAGGGUCAAGAGAAUCAUUGAUGCUUACGUCCUGCCAGUAAAAGUGGAGAUGGAAAUGGUGAUUCAACAGUACGAGAAGGCGAAAGUCAUUCAAGACGAGCAGCUGGAAAGACUAACGCAGAUCUGCCAAGAACAAGGGUUUGAAAUCAGGCAGCUGAGAGCACACCUCGCUCAGCAAGACCUGGACCUGGCUGCGGAGAGGGAAGCCGCCCUGCAGGUCCCUCACAUGCUCAACAAACAGAGCAGCAACAGGUACAAAGUCGUGGCUGCGGCGGGAGACUCCGACGACGAGACGACCGAGAACAUCACUGAGCUGCGACCCCCUCGAGAGGCUAUGGUCAAAGACGACAUGAACAACUACAUCAGCCAAUACUACAACGAGCCCAGCAGCGACAGUGGCGUCCCCGAGGCAGCCGUCUGCAUGAUCACCACCGCGGCCAUCGACGUCCACCAGCCCAACAUCUCCUCAGACCUCUUCACAGUGGAAGUGCCGAUGAAGAUUGUGGGGAGCGACGGGACCUCCACCAGCAUCACUUCCGGCAGUGCCUCCCGGUCCACGGACAGCUCCGUCACCCGGGCCCAGAGUGACAGCAGCCAGACGUUCGGUUCGUCCACCGACUGCAGCACCACCCGGGAGGAGUCGUCCGAGUACUGCCCCUUGGAGAGGGCCCGCGACGAAGCCAAGCGCAACCAGGCGGAUCCUCCCGCCCACCGCGUCAACAACACCGUGGUGCAAGAACUGCUUUCAUCCCUCUCUGACGAUUCGUGCUUGUCGCAAAAAGGACUGGACCCGGUCAAUCUCAAACUGCCCAGCCCGGCCGGGUCGACCAAAGCCAGCCCCGAACUGGAGCACCGCAUGAAUAUUUACAACAAGAAGAACCAGCAAAGUUUCGGCGUCUUUCAGAUAAAGCCGGUGAUUCACUUCCAACAAAAUGCGCCGGUCAUCGAUGAGAAGUAUACAUCUUUGGAAUCCAAAGAGCAAAAGCUAAAUAGGAUCCCAGAUUCAUAG